AUGGAUGAGGAGAACAAUAUAGAAGAUGUUGAUGUGGAUAUGGCAGACUUCUUUCUAAAUGUUGAAAGUGAUGUUGAAGGAGCAUGUAUUAAUGAUGGUCAUGAACCUGAAGAUAUGGAAGUGAUGAACAAUGAGGAGUUCGAAUCAUUGGAUGAAGGAUCAGACCAAGAAAGAGAAAGAAGAGCUCUUAUAAAAAAAUUGGGAAAAGAAAAAAGGUCAAACCCCGAAUCUGAUUGGUUUAUAAGUACCUUAAACCAAACUCAUACAUGCUUACUAACAAGAAAACUCAGAGCUUGUACCGCUUCUUUAAUCUGCAAGAAAAUCAUAGAUCAAGUUGAGGCAGAUCCGAAGAUUCCUUUGAGAGCCAUACAAUAUCACUUUCAAAAGACCUACCAAGUGGGUAUUUCGAUGGAUAAAGUGUUUAGGGCAAAAGAUAUGGAAAGAAAGCAUGUAACUGCGGAAUACACAAAACUGUUUGAAUUGUUGAGGGACUAUGCUCUUGAACUUCAAGCUACAAACCCAAACACAACAGUCAAAAUAGAUGUGUGUCCUAAUGGCAACCCUGCAUCCCCAACAAGGCAGUUUAGAAGGAUUUAUGUAUGCUUAGGUCCACUGAAAAAAGGUUUCAAGGCAUGUCUUAGAGACUUAGUAGGUUUGGAUGGUGCAUUCAUGAAAGGCCCAUUCCCUGGUCAGGUUCUUACAACAGUUGGUCUAGAUUCCAACACUGGAAUUUAUCCCUUGGCCUAUGCAAUUGUUGAGUCUGAAAACACAGGUAGCUGGAAGUGGUUUUUAGAAAACCUUGGGGAUGACUUGGAGCUUGGGAGCAACUCAAACUAUACUUUCAUAAGUGACAGGCAAAAGGGAUUACAAAUUGCAGUUGAUCAAUUGUUUCCCAAUGUUGAGCAUAGGUAUUGUAUUAGACAUAUUCAUGACAAUGUGAGAAAGAAGUGGGGGCAAACUGAGUACAGGGACCAUUUAUGGAGGUGUGCAUCAGCAACCACCAUUCCCGAGUUAGAGAAUUUGAUGAAGGAUUUUAGUAAGUAUGAUAAGGAGGCAUGUCAAUGGUUGAAGCAGAUUCCUCCUGUACAUUGGGCAAGGAGUCAUUUCUCAGGAAGAGCUGUUUUUGAUGUGUUGAUUUCAAACAUGUGUGAAGUGUUUAAUGGGAAGAUAGAGAAAGGCAGGGAAAAACCUGUAAUUUCAUGUUUAGAGUUCAUUAGGGAGUAUCUAAUGAAGAGGAUAUGCAAUGUCAUGAAGGCAAUGAAGAAGGCUAAAGGUCCACUAACACCUACAGCAACAGACAUCCUAGGUGCAAGGAAAAAAGGUGUUUCACAAUAUAUUGCUAGGUGGAAUGGGGAAAACAAGUAUCAAGUCACUGAUGCAUCGCAAGAUCAGCAUGUGGUGGAUGUUAGGAACCAAACUUGCACUUGCAGAAAGUGGGAAUUAAUAGGAAUACCUUGCAGGCAUGCAAUUGCAACACUGAAUGAAAUGAGCAAAGAUGUUGAGGUUAAGCUUGACAUUUACAAGUGGGUACACAAUGUGUAUUGGCUAGAGACAUGGCAAGAAGCUUAUUCAUUUAAGGUGGAACCAAUUAAAGGGAGACCCAUGUGUCCUAAAAGCAAUUGUCCAACAAAGCUAAUCCUUCCUCCACAUCGCACUCAGGUGGGAAGGCCUAAGAAAAACAAGAAGACAAAGUGA